AUGUACCGUUUAGUAGCCCGAAACGUUUUGCGAUCCGCAGCUCGGCCGUCUUUUGCUCCGGCGCACACGGUUGCAAAACGAUUCGCGAGUAGCUCACCUGUCAAUACACGACGGAGCUGGAAGAGCAGUGCGGUGAGAUGGGGUAUUGCAAUUGCAGGCAUCUACUAUUACAACACUAGUCCAGUCUUUGCAGAGCAGCCGCAAAAUUACCUAUUAGACCCCAACGUCGACGCCCUAGAAGACUCCUCAGAAGUCUCGUCGUUAGACGCCCUCACUUCGCACCGACAACAACAGGAAGCGGCCAACGAAGGAGCGUUCAAUCCAGAGACUGGUGAAAUCAAUUGGGAUUGUCCGUGUCUAGGAGGAAUGGCCCACGGCCCUUGUGGCCCAGAAUUCAGAGAGGCAUUUUCCUGCUUUGUCUUUUCAACGGAAGAACCCAAGGGCAUGGACUGCAUAGACAAAUUUCAAAACAUGCAACAGUGUUUCCAGAGGUAUCCAGAGAUCUACAAGGGCGAACUGGAGGAUGAUGAAGAGCUGGAUGCAGAACUGGAGGCUGAGAGACAAGAGCUGGUGAAUGAAAUAGCGGAGAGAAAGGCACAAUUACAACAACGAGAGGUAGCUUCUUCUCGCCGAUUACUCGAAGAGCUGGAUGCAGAAUGGGAGGCUGAGAAACAGGAGCUGGCGAAUGAGGUGGCGGAGAGAAAGGCACAAUUCCAGCAACAAGAGGCAGCUCCUACGCGCCGAUUACUGGAAGAGCCAGAUCCGGCGCCGUCAAGGUCCUCGCGGCCGGCAAAGAAGUCGACUUCCCACACUCCAGACAAACCAGCUGCACGUGAAGAGCCGGCUCUGUCGCAAGAUCGAGAAAACACAAACGAGGGACAAAAGUCGAUCAUCAUCAAACAACCACAGGCCUCUCCGGUGGAAGAAACGGCAAGUCCGACAUCAGAUGUUGUUCCAAGGGCGGCUCACGACGCUAAGGAGGGCCCGGAAACGGAGAAAUGA